GCCGGGGGGAAUAAAGCCGGGACCCGUUAGCCCCUGAGACUAACCUGAAGACGGUCCACCGGUCCUGCUCUGCAUCUGUCUGUGGACUGUCUACCCAGUCCACCCAUCUAGACCAUCUCCAGUUUAUCCCAGCUGCCUAGCUCAUUGCAUUUUACCGCAAUGGCAUCAGGAGAACCCCUCCACGUAAAAAGCCCCCUCCGUGACAGCAUGACCCUGUCCAAAGUUGCUGGGACCACCGUCUACCUCAAGAUAGACAGUUCCCAGCCUUCCGGCUCCUUCAAGAUCCGAGGCAUUGGACACCUCUGCAAGACGUGGGCCGAGCGAGGCUGUGAACAUUUCGUCUGCUCCUCAGCGGGCAAUGCAGGGAUGGCAGCCGCCUACGCGGCCAGGAAGCUCAACAUCCCAGCCACCAUUGUCGUGCCCAGCACCACGCCUGCCCUCACCAUCCAGCGGCUCAAGAAUGAGGGCGCCGCGGUCAAGGUGGUAGGUGAGACACUGGAUGAAGCUAUCAAGCUGGCCAAGGACCUGGUGAAGAACAACCAAGGCUGGGUCUAUGUCCCUCCCUUUGACGACCCCCUCAUCUGGGAAGGCCACUCUUCCAUUGUGAAGGAGUUGAAGGAGACGAUGAAGGAAAAGCCAGGGGCUAUCGUGCUGGCGGUGGGAGGUGGAGGCCUGCUGUGUGGAGUGGCCCAGGGACUGCUGGAGGUGGGCUGGGGGGACGUGCCCAUCAUCACCAUGGAAACCAUUGGAGCUGAGAGCUUCUAUGCUUCCACCAAGGCUGGCCGGCUUGUCACUCUGCCACGGAUUACCAGUGUUGCCAAAGCCCUGGGCGUGACCACUGUGACGGCUCAGGCUAUGAAGGUGUUUCAGGAACAGCCCAUUCUCUCUGAAGUCAUCUCAGACCAGGAGGCUGUGGCCGCCAUUGAGAAGUUUGCAGAUGAUGAGAAGAUCCUGGUGGAGCCCGCCUGUGGGGCAGCCCUAGCCGCCAUCUACAGCAAAGUGGUUCAGAAGCUGCAAGGAGAAGGGAAACUCUGCAGCCCGCUGUCCUCCGUCGUGGUCAUUGUCUGUGGCGGCAGCAACAUUAGCCUGGCCCAGCUGCAGGCCCUCAAGGAACAGCUGGGCCUGAACAGGCUGCCGCAGUGAGGGCCAGGUGCCCUCCUCCCCUACUCAGGAGACCCCUGGCAGGGCUGGAGUUGUAUCCACUGUAAAUAUCUUUCCUGUCUGUGGUGAGCCUGUGGCCCGCCUGGGCCAGCCACUAGCUUUCACGUUCUCAUGAACCCGCUGUGCAGAGGGGCCAGAAGGACACCAGCCAGCGAGGCUGUGAACGCAACAUCUUCAGUGUGAGUGCUCUAUGGCCACCCUCAUCCACCCCUGCCAGGGUGACAACUGCCCAGGUGCCCAGAGCAGGGUGAGCAGGAGGGAGGGACCUUGAAAUGAGGUGUCCCUCAUCUGGGCUUUCUCCCUGAAAGAGCGGACAGGGCCAUGGUCCAGGGUUGAAGAACCAUCUUGUCUUCCCUCCCAGGAAAAGACCACCCUUACUCGCUUUUCUAUUGUGCAAGCUUUUUUACUGAAAAAGAAAAUCUGUUUAUUGAAACGGAGA